UUCCAAACGACUGAUUCAUUUCUGCUUGUUCUGUAAUAGUACAUUUUGAAGUCGCAGUCACGACUGAUCGAUCUAUUUUUCCAAGAUCCGACACUUUCUGCUCUAGAGCCCCUCCACAAUGGACCCCAACAUGAACAACCUGCUCAAAUGGAGCAUCAAAGCUUCCACCGAGAACCGCGCCGACGAAGGUGACAACAACAGGGCUACUGCUGUUGCUGAUGGUACCACGCAGCCCUCCAGCGCCGCUUCGCGCGGUCUCAAUCCCGAGAUGCUUUCCGCGCUCUUCGGCGGUCCCACCGACGCCGACCUGAUGAAAGCCUCUAUGCAGGCACUGCGCUCCGACGAGGUGGAUCUCGAGAACAAGCUGAUCGCGUUCGACAACUUUGAGCAGCUGAUCGAGGGCAUCGACAAUGCCAACAACCUGGAGCCCUUGGGCCUGUGGACUCCUUUGGUGGAGUUGCUGCAGCACGAGGAGGCGGAGAUGAGACGCAUGGCGGCCUGGUGCAUUGGAACUGCGGUGCAGAAUAACGAGAAGGCACAGGAUAAGCUCGUCGUUCUCAACGCCCUUCCGAAGCUUGUGACGAUCUCCACCACCGAUUCCACCCCCAAUGUUCGCAAGAAGGCCAUCUACGCCAUCUCCUCCGCGGUCCGUAACUACCAACCUGCCAUGGAUGAAGUGACCAAGAGCCUGCCGGAGGGCUACUCCCGCGACAAGAUCGACGCUGGCGAUAUGGAUGCUGUGGAUGCGCUCAUGGAUAAGCUGCGCGCUCACCAGGUUGAGUCAGCGUGAGCGGCUUGGCUUUGAAGGCCGAGAUUACGGGCUUUGUCGCACACCCUGCACGAAUUCGCCACUAGCUGUACGUCCGUAAGG